GUUGUGGUGCUUCAGCUGAAAAUAUGGAAAUAAAUUGGAGUAAUGUUGUCUUCAUAGAAUCUGAGAGACGUCUCAUUCUGUCUGAACUGGAACUAUAUGAAAUACCGGAUCCCAUUAUAAAUUUAUACCACAAUCGAGCAAAUCAAUUGGAUAUUAGUUUCAACAAGUUAACAUCCAUCGCUGGAAUAUCUCUCUUUACUUCACUGGAGGAACUGAUCUUAGACAACAAUCAACUUGGAGAUAUUACCUUUCCUGCAAACAACAAUCUCAAACUUUUAUCACUUAACAACAAUAUGAUUAAGAAUCUGGAUUACCUGUUAGACAAUAUUAAAGAGAGCUUUCCACAUUUGGACUACUUAAGUCUACUGGGAAAUCCAUGCUGCCCAUUUCCCAUCUACAGUGGAUCAAUUGAUGAGAAGAAGUAUCAGAAGUACAGAGAAAAAGUCCUUAAUCAUUUGCCUACACUCCAAUUUCUGGACUCAACACCAGUAAGUCUUGCUGAGAGGAUGAAACUCUUGGAGAAAUUACCACCAAUCUAUCCUGCUGAAUCUGACAGAAGUGUCGAGAAAUUCACACAAAUAUCUGGUUUGAUGAGAAAGACUUUCUCGAGUAUUCACCAAGGUCGCUUUGGAAAAAAUAGGCCAACGACUUACAAUCCCUUGCCACCAACAGUUCGUAUAGGCCAACACCGGGGGGCCUAUGUUAAAUGUAAAUUCAAAUAUGUAGGGGCUCACUCUGAGGGAAAUCGAUUUAUUUUGAAUAAAGAUCUUUAAACUGA